GGUUUAAGAGACAUGUAGAUGUGGCACUUGGGGACAUGGGUUAGUGGUGGCCUUGGCAGUGCUGGGGGAACAGUUCACGGUCUCAGAGGGCUUUCCCAACCCAAAUAACUCUGUGAUAAUCAUGAAUUGUUUUUAAUAAUGUAUCCCUCCAGGAUCAGGAUGGCCAACCAGGAAGAGCAUCUGCUGAUCAACUUGAACACAAACUAUGCUGAUGUGGUGAUAGAUAUUGGGAAAAUGCUUGUCGGAGAGAGUUACAGAAAGAAGAUGAAUGAGAAUCAGAAUCAGAAAAGGCAACGAAGGGACCUUUCCAUAGCAGUGUGUGCAUUGCUGAAUUCCCAAGGAGGAAUAGUGAGGAUGGAGAGUGAGGACAGGAAUUACUGCUUCCGGGAGCAUGGCAUUGGGCUGGACAUCGAGAACAGCCUCCGGGAUUGCAUUGGCAGCAACGAGAUCGGUGAAUACUUCACGUGGAUGCAGGAGGGGAGUAACUUGCUGCUUUUUGUUAAAACAUGGAGCUGUGGAGGCCUGGAACAAGGAAGUACAGAAGCCACCAAGCCGCGUCUCUGCAGCCUGAGCACUGGUUUGUUUUAUCGGUCCAGUAAUUCCGUUUUCCCUGUCAAGUCAAGAGUUGCCCCUGAAUUCCUGAGGGGGAAGAAAAGCUCUGCCAAGUGCGACAAUGUGGGUGGGCUGAGUGCCAAGAAAGCUCGACUGAGUGUUUCUGAUGGAGCAGAUGAGACUCCUCUGAACAUUCAGGAGCAUGACAUCCAAGAUGCUGCAGCCAGGUUUCUAAAGAGAGACAAAGUACUGGUUGGGGAGGUCCUGGGUUUCACAAAAACAACUCAUAUUGAAUUUCAGCAAUACAGUACAGAGAAUGUCUUGGAAUACAUAAGCAAAAACCUUCCUAAAUAUGUCUCUGCCUUUGCAAACACUGAGGGUGGAUAUUUAUUUUUUGGUGUGGAUGACAACGGUAAAGUCACUGGAACCCACAGUAAUGUGGAAAAAGAAGCCUUAGAACAAACAGUGGCCAAGACCAUUCUCUCUCUGCCUGUCUAUCACUCCUGUGGCUCUGGGGCUCUGGGAGUGCAGUUCCAGACACGCACCCUGGAUGUUUAUGACCAAGCAGGAUGUUCACAGGGCUACAUCUGUGCUGUGCACGUUGAACAGUCCUGCUGCCCUGUGUUCUGUGGUGACCCCGAAUCCUGGAUGGUGAUGGGUGGCACGAUUGAAAGACUGAGAGCUGGGAAAUGGAUGGAGCUCAUGACAGCUUCAGACCCAGUUGUGUCAGCUUUGGCUGAUGAAUUUAAGACUGAGCUCAGCUUGGCAAACGGCCCUCCUCUGAUCAAGCCAGUUUAUUCCAGAGCUGGUCUGCAGUGUGCAGCUGAACUCCAAGAACAUCUCUACCCAGUGGGUUCUAAUGAAAUCAAAUGGAAGCCAGAAACCAUCUGCACUGACCUGUUCUCAGAGUACCCUGGAUUAGAGGAUUUAAUGAGAAAACAACUCUGUGGAGUUACCCAGGGGGUACUGAUAUUUUCAAGGAGUUGGGCUGUUGACAUUGGCUUGCAGAAAAACCAGGAUGUUGUGUGUGAUGCUCUCCUAGUAGCCGACAGUGAGUAUCCAGUGUUGUUUACUGUGGUCAGGGACACCUCUUGUGUCACAUCUGGAACCUGGAGAGAAACUGCUCGUGCCUUGAAGCAAAAACUAGUCAAUGAUGGGGGAUAUACUUCAAGAGUGUGUGUGAUUCCCCAGAUCCUGCAGCUGAAUGGCACAGAGGACCAGAGAGCAGUUGAAGAGAAUGAUGUUCCCUGGCAAGAAACCCUGCAUGAUUCCACCAGCCUUUACCCAAAGAGUUACAUCCUCACCUCCAGGGACAUCCCUGCCUUCCUGCGGGCACUUGUGAUUGUUGCGCUGGGCUUUAAGUCCUACUUAAGUGACCAUCUUGGCUGUGAGAUUUUCAACCUUCUCACUCUCAAACAGUAUGAGCUGCUCUCCAAGAACCUGCACAAAGUCAGGAAGCUGUUUGUCCUUGGUCUUCCUGGGACAGGGAAAACAAUUGUGGCUUUGAAGAUCAUUGAGAAAAUAAAAAACACUUUUCACUGUUCCGUGGACGAGAUACUUUAUAUUUGUGAAAAUCAACCCUUGAGGGAUUUUGUGAGAGAUAAUGACUGCCAGGCUGUGACACGUGCUGCCUUCCUGAAAAAGAACUUCCCACACGUGAAACACAUUGUGGUUGAUGAAGCUCAGAAUUUUCGUCGUGAUGAAGGAGAUUGGUACCAACGCGCCCGGUCAAUAGUUGAAAGAAGUGGUGGCAUUUUCUGGGUCUUUCUGGAUUUCUUCCAGACCACUUACCCAUAUGAUUGUGGUCUUGACUUUUCAAAAAUGGAUCCUCAGGAAUGGCUGACCAAAAUGGUCCGGAAUGCCGAGGAAAUAUGCUGUUUCAUGUUAAAUCUAAUGAGGAAAAUCCACCAAACACGUAACAUUGGUAUGCCCUAUGAAGUGCUGGGGGAGUUGUUGAAACAGGCUGAAUGUGCCCAUUCUUUGCCAGGUUCCUUUAGAGAACACAAUAUAAGACCAGAUGAAUUGGCAAAGCAUGUGGCCGAGCUCUGCAAGAGCUACCUUGAUGAAGGCUAUUCCCUCAGAGAUAUCGCCAUCCUGUGCAGCACACAGCAUGAAGCCGAGCAGUUCAGAGAGAAACUGCAACAUGAGCUAGAAAGACAACUAAGGAAGCGCAGGGUGAGGAGGGCCUUGGGAUUAGCAGAGGAUGUUUCAAAAAAUGUCAUUGUCAUUGACAGCAUCCGACGCUUCUCAGGCCUAGAAAGGAGGAUUGUCUUUGUCAUUGACCCUUUCACUGUGCAAGGGCAGAUAUUUGACAAUCUUGUGCUCUGUGCAGUGUCCAGAGCCAACACCAAAGUCCAUUUGUUUUGUUAGAAGGAAAGAUAUUUUUAAGAGGACAGUUCCUGUGGCUCUAGAUGCUGGAACAUUUCAAUCAUUUAUUCUGAUAUCACUGACAUCAGAGAGAAGCCUGGCAGAAACACAGCAUCACAAUCAGCAACUGCAAUGGGUCACCAAGAUUUCCUCAUUCUAACAGGACUCCUGAAGGGUUCAAGUCCACCAGCUGCUGCAACAGAGUGUGUUGUUGACAGACCAGUUCUUACUGUCAUGACAAAUGUGACAUCAGCCGUGUGACUCCUAAAACUCUGAUUGUCAAAACCUUAUUGAGAAUCUACCACCUAAUUAAAUCUUUUCUUCCUGUCUCAGUUUCCGACUGUUGCUGCAGCUUUGCCAAUGUCUGUCAGUAACAUGGUGUCUAUAAUUGCCUACUCUGACAUUAGAUUUCUUACAGCUGGAUAAAUAGUGACAUGAUAAUGUCAUAUUUGCCCAGGGUAAAAAAGAAAAAAAUUUUUGAUGGAGGCUUUUGUACAAUUUUCAGCUUUCUGUUUCUCUAUAA